AUGAACGACCCGGAUGAUAGCAUGGACCACUCCAUGCAGGAUAAUAUGGAACGACCAGCGAAGAGACCAUGUCUAUCAUAUAUCCCCGAUGACGACGAAGAGGUCCCCGCAGAGUUUGAUCUCCCAGCCGCGCGUGCACAAAAUGACUCCCGACUGAAGUCUCUCUUUGAAAGCAUUUUCGCGAAAUAUAGCCAGGACUUCUCCGACGUUGGUGAUGAGAUUGAUCUGCGGACUGGGGACAUAGUGGUAGACAAUGGGCAUCUCCUAGGGAUGCAGGGCGAGCACGAUACUGGCGACCAGCCGCGAUCAUGGCUUCCGCAGGCUGACCUGGAUGAGCCAGAAGAUCCUUAUGCGGCCGAUGACAACAACACGAAGGGAGAGGAGGAUGAAUUUUUUUCUAUGGCAUCCUCUCCCGGUCGCUCUUCAGAUGCUCCACGCGAAGAAUCACCAUCGAAACAGCUACAGACAGACAUGGAUACCUCUUUGGAUUUCGUGUUUACUUUUAAAGCAUCUGGGACUGCAGGCCUCAGUCCUACAACCAAGGAAGAACAUGCCUCCCAUCCCACCGACCUGAUCCUCACUUCGAAACCACAAGAUCCAAUCUGGGCAGUCCCAGACUUGCCCCCAACCUUUUCAACGCCCACCACUGAAACCCGCAAAUCAAACAUGGGCUUCUCUCCACCUGCCAGGCUCACGUCCCCGCCAGGGAGUGGCUCAGUAUGGGCUGUGCGCAAACCCCGCAGACCACGCACAGAAAAGAAACCGAAGGCUACGCCGAGUAAGCGUCGACCAGCUGCGAAGCGAAAAUACCAUUCUAGCCCUGUUACACACGACUGGUCUUUUGCGGCAGUACCAGAUGGAAAUGAGUCCGAUGACCCUUUGCAGGAUUAUGAGCCAUCGCCGACACCAUCGAAAAUGAAAAUUAUUCGUGGGAAGCGUUACGUUCCGACUAAAGAGAACGAUGGGUCAUCUACGCCUUCGAAACAGCCAGCUGUUGUCAUCAAAGUUAAUUGUCAAGUUGACGAUCAGGUGGAUGACCAAGUGGAUGACCAAGUGGAUGACCAAGUGGAUGACCAAGGCAAUGGUCAAGAAGCGGGCUAUGAACCAAGUGACCAUGACGAUCAAGUCCCCCACGCACGCCUCGAAGAAGGGGAUCAUGAAUCGAGCAACCAGAUAGAUGGAGUGUCUGAAGGAAGCCUUGGAGAUAAGGACUACGAACCGCGCCACCAAGAAGACGGAGUGCCCGAAGAACAAUUCCAAGGGGCCUACGAACCAAGUGAUCGAGAAAAAGAAGUGCCAUUCCGUUCUAUGGAGGAAGGCGAUUUGACCCCCAAGGCCAUGGCCAUGGCCAGCAUCCAAUCCUCAUCCCCGCAGCUCAUGGAAAGCACCCCAAGCAAAAGGCAACCCAUCACACCCGAUGAAGCAAAGCUGAUCGUGUGCAUGAUGUACAAACAAGAAAAGAAGGCUAGUGACGUGAUGUACAUGUUACCAGGUCGCGAAUACCAGACAGUCUGGCACUGGUUCUACAAUCACUGGACCCGCCGCCUCACCAAUCCGCCUCCACUGUCCGCCGCCUGGUUGCAGCCUGAACUAGAAGCUUUGGCCCGACUCAGCACCCAAUCGGAUCUUACCUGGGGCCAGAUACAAAGUCGGUUCAAGGGCCGAUCACGACAUGAGGUUGAGUUUGAGCUGCUCCGUGCUUUCGUUGGCGAGGGCUUUACCUCCGCAGUGAUCGAGAGCGUGGGGGAACACGCGGAGCCGGAAGAGAAGCACUCAGAAGAAGAUCCGCAGGACGACGAGAUAAAGGACGAGCCGGAAUCUGAUACAGUCGUGGAGGAUGUCAAAGAUGAGGCAGGAGAUAGCGAUGCUGCGUCCGAAGGCACUGCUCAGGAAGAACUGGAGCAGCUCGAAAUCCAAGAGGUGACCGGGACAACCGACAGUAAGGCGUCUGCUCCCAAUGGCUUCUUGGGCAUUUUUAUAACCUGA